ACACAUAAGAGUAGAAGAGGCCAGUGUGGAAUUUCAAAACUCAAUCUCCGCAGUCAAGUUCUACGAGUCAUUUCGCGAUUUUGUUUUCAUUUACCUACGAGUACUUGGACUCCUUCGCGCUUGCGUGCAUUGUGAUAUUUUUGGUGGUCUAUUUUAUCGGUAUUGAAAAAUUUUGGAUUUGAUUGUACUUUUGUUUUUUUAGUAGUGAUAGUUCGGUUAGGUAAAUUACCUACCUAUUUAUGUACAUUACUGUUCAUCAUGUAUCUUGCAUCUGCGAUCAUAUUUGUGAAUGUUAUCAUGAUUCAAUUGCUACAGAUGCCAGCAGCUGAAGGCUUACUCAUCAACAGACAAUUUCCUGCGCCAGAUAUUCUUCAUACACCACAAAGAAGCAUAGAAACGGUUGUUUCAAAGUGUCCUAAAUGCGAUUGUAGAACAAAUACUCGAAAAAAGAGAAUUGCUGGAGGAAUAGAAGCCGAAGAAAACGAAUUUCCUUGGGUGGCAGCCUUGAGAAAAUUCGGCGUUGUAAGUUGCGGAGCAACAGUUAUCAGUAAGCAGCACUUAUUAACUGCUGCACACUGCGUGGAUGGGAUCUUUGCAAUCGGUACUGAAACCGGAGUUGAAGCAUUAUUGGGUGGAUAUUAUAAAAACAUAACAUUAUAUGACUUAUACGAAAGCAAAACAGUAGUAUGGGUAGGUGUUAGCGAGAUAAUUCUACACCCGGGAUUUAAUUCGUCAUCUUUAGAUAACGACAUCGCAAUUUUGAAAUUAGAGCACACGAUAUCAUUCAAUACCCCGAAAAUUCAACCAGCAUGCCUACCAAGUUCUGGAAAUGAAAAUUACGCUGGUUACUUUGGCACCGUUACUGGAUGGGGUUACACUGACAAAAAUAAGUCCCUGUCCACAACCAACAAGAUGCGGAAAGUGGAAGUUCCUAUCAUUUCGACUAAUCAUUGUAGGAUUAACUACUCGUAUAUUUAUGGAAAUCCGCAGUAUUCAGUAACUGAUAACAUGAUGUGCACUGGACACUGGUAUCUUGGAGGACAAGGUGCCUGUAAGGGUGACAGUGGCGGACCUUUACAAAUCAAUGUUGAUGGACUUGGAACCAUGAAAGUUGUUGGGAUUGUUUCUUGGGGUGGUACCUGUGGUGAUCCGGAUUACCCUAACGUCUACACUCGAAUUGAUAGAUAUAACCGUUGGAUACAUGAUAACAUAGGAGAAAAAUGUUUAUGUAAAAUUUGAAAAUCAUUAAAAUUAAAAAAUGGUCUUGUA